CAUGUUUAUCAGAAAUCUCUAUUUUAAACUGUGUUUGAUUUCAGGAUAAGAUAGGGAGGAGGGGCUGACAAUCUUACCACAGAUUUACUAGCACAGUGGCCCGUGCUGUUAAACAGGGGCCUCAGACUACUUCUUGUUUCGUCCUACUGGACCAGACUUUCCUAACAGGAAGGAACCUAUAUGCAUUAAAAACCAGUUCAUUGCUUGAUAUUUGCAGUUAAUAUUCUCUCAGCAAGUUGGCUGAGAAGUGAAUUUGCCAUGGAGACUGGUCUCUUGGGCUUUUCUAGUGAGCUAUGGAUGAAAGCGAAGAUGUGCCAAAAGAUUUUAUCAAGCUCAAGUCUGAAAAGCUCUGUGUGGAUGAAGUGUCGGAGCUGGUCAUUUCACCAUACUGUGGGGCAGUGUCUCUGUUCAUUGGUACUACAAGAAAUAAUUUUGAAGGGAAAAAAGUGAUUCACUUAGAAUACGAAGCAUAUACUUCAAUGGCAGAGAACGAAAUAAAGAAAAUCUGCAGAGAUGUUAGACAGAAGUGGCCAUCAAUCAAACAUAUUGCAGUGCAUCAUAGGCUUGGUGUGGUUCCAAUAACUGAAGCAAGUGUAAUUAUUGCAGUCUCCUCUCCACACAGAGCAGAAUCCCUUGAAGCUGUCAUGUACUGCAUCAAUACCUUAAAAGCAUCUGUCCCAAUAUGGAAAAAGGAGAUUUAUGAGGACGAAUAUUCUUGGAAAGAAAACAAGGAAUGCUUUUGGGCAAAUUCGGAAAAAUAACUGUACUCUUUUAAAAAUAAAGUGUUACUGUUCCUAAUGAG